AUGGAAGAUUUGCAAAAGCUUGAAUAUCUCUCGCUUAUAUCAAAAAUAUGUACGGAACUUAAUAAUCAGUUGGGUAUUAAUGAUAAAGAUUUGGCUGAAUUUAUAAUAUACAUGGUUCAAACAAGUGAUUCAUACGAUUUAUUUCAAAAGCGAUUAGCAGAAAAUGGUGCUGAUUUGUCUGAUUCAUUUAGUAGUAAUCUUUAUCGAAUUGUUCAAAAAAUGUUACCAACACCAUUGAAAAAAACAACAUCUGAAAAUCACCAUGAAACACGAAGUGAACAAUCUCGACAAUUAACUGAUGUUGCAGUGAGAACAAUGCUUCAUGAAGAAAUAAAAGAAAAUUCUACAAAUGAACAAGACAUAAAAGUUGUUGAUGAUCUUAUGGCUAAAUUAGAAAAUCUGCAAGUGAAAGUUAAAUCUGAUCAACCAAUAAAACAUGAUGAUGAAGAUGAACCUAAAAAAAAGAAAAAAUAUCAUCAUCGUCAUCGUUCACUUGAUUCAGAACAUGAUCGAAACAAACCUAGUCCCAAAGAUCAUAAACAUUGCCGUCAUUUUUCGACCGAUUCUCAAAGUAGUAGUACUAGUAACUGUUCACGUUCAUCAAAACAAUCUCGACAUCAUGAUCGUAACAAAUCAUCAUCACGACAAAAACAACCAUCUGUUCCAGAUAAACCAAUGCCUGGUUCAAUUUAUGAUGGUACAGUUAUAUCAAUAAUGCAGUGGAGAUGUUUUGUACGACUCAAUCAAUUUCACGAUCGAACAGAAGGAGUUGUACAUAUAUCUAAUAUUCAUAAAGAUCGAAUUAAUAAUAUAUCUGAUGUUGUAAAAUGUCAUCAAAAAGUUAAAGUUAAAGUUCUUUCAUACACAGAUACCGAAAUGAGUUUAUCAAUGAAAGACGUUGAUCAAAAUACAGGUGAAGAUUUAAAUGAAGAUUUAACAAAAAAAUUGCGUGAUGAAAUAAGUAUUGAAAAUAAUCGUAAUCUUGAUAGUCCUAUUAAUUAUUUAUUAUCAAAUCCUUCAAAUACAUGUGAUUCAUCAUCUAUAGAUACGAAUUCUAAAGAUAAAAAUUCUCGACAAAUAUCUGAUUAUGAUCAAUUCGUCUUAAAUCAAAUGAUAAAUGAUAAAUGUAUUGAUACAAUACAAUUACCAAAUUAUGAUGAAGAUUUCGAAGUUGAAUUAGUUGAUGAAGAAGCACCAUUUCUUAAAGAUUAUGGUAAACAAAGUUUACAAGAUGAUUUAAGUCCAAUUAAAAUUAAUAAAAAUCCUAAUGGUUCAUUACAGCAAGCAGUUAUGAUGCAAAAUAUUUUAUCAAAAGAACCUCGUGAAAUAAAACAACAACGGAGUGAAACAAAUUCUGAUAAUUUAUCAUCAUGUUCAUUAACAUCAGCUGAAAUUAAUAUAAAAGCUUCAACAAAUAUAUCCGAAUGGAAAAAAUUUUUAAUAAAUAACAAAACAACAUUUGGUAAACGAACAACAAUGAGUAUAAUUGAACAACGACAAAAUUUACCAAUAUAUAAAUUAAAAGAACAACUACUUAAAGCUGUUAAUGAUAAUCAAAUACUUAUUGUUAUUGGUGAAACUGGUUCUGGUAAAACAACACAAAUAACACAAUACUUAGCUGAAGCUGGUUAUACAUCAUGUGGUCGAAUAGUAUGUACACAACCACGUCGUAUUGCUGCUAUGUCUAUUGCAAAACGUGUUGCUGAAGAAUUUGAUUGUCGUCUUGGACAAGAAGUUGGUUAUACAAUUCGUUUUGAAGAUUGUACAUCACCUGAAACAAAAAUAAAAUAUGUGACUGAUGGCAUGUUAUUACGUGAAUGUUUAAUUGAUCCCAAUAUGAAUCAAUAUUCUGUUGUUGUGUUAGAUGAAGCGCAUGAACGUACUCUUCAUACUGAUGUACUUUUUGGUUUAAUGAAACAAGCUGUUCAAAAACGUUCAGAAUUAAAAAUAAUUGUCACAUCAGCUACACUUGAUUCCGUCAAAUUUUCUGAAUAUUUCUUCAAUGCACCAAUCUUUACUAUCCCGAGUCGAAUAUUUCCUGUCGAAGUAUUUUAUGCAAAAGAACCUGAAAUAGAUUAUCUUGAUGCAACCAUUAUAACUGUAAUGCAAAUUCAUUUAACUGAAGCGCCUGGCGAUAUAUUAGUAUUUUUAACGGAUCAAGAAGAAAUUGAUAUUGCAUGUGAAAUUUUAUUUGAACGAAUGAAAAAAUUAGGUUCUGAAGUUCCAGAAUUAAUUAUUUUGCCAGUUUAUUCAGCAUUACCUAAUGAAAUGCAAACACAAAUUUUUGAUCCAGCACCAUCCGGUUCACGAAAAGUUGUUAUUGCAACAAAUAUUGCUGAAACAUCAUUAACAAUUGAUGGUAUCUAUUAUGUUAUUGAUCCAGGAUUUGUUAAACAAAAAGUAUUCAAUCCUAAAUCAGGUAUGGAUACUCUUAUUGUUACACCAAUUAGUCAAGCUCAAGCAAAACAACGUACGGGUCGUGCAGGUCGAACAGGUCCAGGAAAAGUUUAUCGUUUAUAUACAGAACAAGCAUAUCGUGAUGAAAUGCUUUCAACUAAUGUACCUGAAAUUCAAAGAACACAUUUAACUAGUACAGUUUUAAGUUUAAAAGCUAUGGGUAUCAAUGAUUUAUUAUCAUUUGAUUUUAUCGAUCCACCACCAUUAGAAACAAUGAUUAUAGCUAUGAAGCAAUUACAUGCAUUAAGUGCAUUAGAUGAUGAAGGUCUUUUAACUAAAGUUGGUCGUCUUAUGGCUGAAUUUCCAUUUGAACCUCAAUUAUCGAAAAUGUUAAUUAUGUCUGUUGAACUACAUUGUGCGGAAGAAGUAUUAACUAUUGUUUCAAUGCUUUCUGUUCAAAAUAUUUUCUAUCGUCCUAAAGAAAAAGCAGAACAAGCUGAUCAAUGUAAAGCUCGUUUUCAUCAAGCUGAAGGUGAUCAUUUAACAUUACUUGCUAUUUAUAAUACUUGGAAACAAAAUCAAUUUUCAAAUUUAUGGUGUUAUGAAAAUUUUGUCCAACAACAUUCACUUAAACGUGCACAAGAUAUUCGAAAACAGAUGUUAGCAAUUAUGGAUCGACAUAAACUCGAUGUUUUAUCAUGUGGAAGACAAAUUGGACUUGUUCAAAAAGCAAUUUGUUCCGGUUUUUUUAGAAAUGCAGCUAAACGUGAUCCUCAAGAAGGUUAUCGAACAUUAGUUGAUAGUCAAGUUGUUUAUAUUCAUCCAUCAAGUUCAAUUUAUCAUAAACAACCAGAAUGGCUUUGUUAUCAUGAACUUGUAUUUACAACAAAAGAAUAUAUGCAUGAAGUUUGUGUUAUUGAUCCAACAUGGCUUGUUCGAUAUGCACCAAAAUUUUUCAAAUUUCAAAAUUCAACAAGAUUAUCAAAGAUGAACAAAGAACAACGAGUCGAACCAUUGUGCAGCAAAUACGAAGAACCAAAUUCAUGA